GCUGAUUUUAUAGCCAUAAACUAGUUGCAUUCUCAGCUUUCCCCCCCAACCUUUUCGCUCCAGCUAAUUCCACCAUUAACUUAGAUAAUUCUCACAAUUUCAACAUGUACUUUCGGAUUCAUCCUUAAAACUACGCCUCCAAUUGAACCGGUCAUUAAACCGGUUCUAACCACAAAUCCGCGUUUAUUGUACCGCGAUUGCGAUUUACCCGACUAAAAACUCAUUACCCGUUAAGAAAACGACGUCGUUUUCAUUCUUCUUCUUCUACAAAAUCUUCGCCGGGGUUUCAGUUAACGAGCAAUCCACGGCGGCGGAGUCGCCAAGAUCGAUCAAUUAUCCAAGUCGGAUUUCGAAUUAGAUUCCGCCAAGAAAAAGGAUCGAUUCACGUUAGGUUUUGAAUCAGGCGCCGAAGGAACUAUCGUCUGAAUUGAAGCAAGAACGCAUCGUUUUAUUACAAGAAGUGGCUCCUGAAUUGCCUCCGCAAGAAGUCCUCUCUUUGCUCGAGCGCUUUAUUUGGGAUGUGGAGAGAGCCGGGGACCAUUACUGUGACCAGCGAUAUUCGCAGCAUCGUACUUCAUAUGCCGGAGAUUGAUCAGUCGUCUUUGAAGGGGUUUCAAGAGGGUCAUAUGCCGAUGAUUGGGGUUUCGAAUUUGGAACGAUUCUCACAAGAUGAAACAUCGACGGCUUUGGGUAUGGAUUUGAUGGACCUUAGUGCUCCGCCUCUUCCAUCGUUACAUGCUUCUGUUGGCUAUCAAAUCGGCAACUUUUCUUCUUCUGGUUUGAUGAACGUUGAUGUGGAUGAGAUGGGAGAUUUACACGAUGUACCUAUAAUGUCUUCCUCUCAAGAGCAGGUAAGUAAUCUUCUCUUUCUCUCUCUAUUUCUGUGAAGAAUGGGAAUCUUAGUUGGCUUUGUUGUUCUGUGUUUUCUUAAGAUUGUUUUUAUAAACAAGGGAACUCUAUGUUGAUUGAUGCACACAGCUUUAGGAAUGAAGAACCCUAAACGCCCAAAUCAAUUUUGUAGAAGAAGAAGAAUGAAAACGACGUCGUUUUUUGUUUGGGUUUUGAUGAGUUUAUCAAAAUGAAAACGACGUCGUUUUCUUAACGGGUAAUGGGCUUUUAGUCGGGUAAAUGGCAAUCGCGGUACAGUAAACGCGGAUUUGUGGUUAGAACCGGUUUAAUGACCGGUUCAAUUGGAGGCGUAGUUUUAAGGAUGAAUCCGAAAGUAUAUGUUGAAAUUGUGAGAAUUAUCUAAGUUAAUGGUGGAAUUAGCUGGAGCGAAAAGGUUGGGG